AUGGAUCAUCUGGGGUAUGUGAGAAAUACUGCUUCUGCCCAAGGUGCCAAAGAGGGAUUGAGCAAGCCCGCUGCUCCCCAGAAGAACGCUUACGCGAGGCUUGUGCAAAAGCACCACAGCGGCCGAUUCCGAUCCUAUUUGAAUCACAUUGCACAGAAGAUGCAGCUCGAAGAGAGCACCUCCAAUGAUCCCAGCUCGGAUCUGGACCCGCCCCUGAGGAGAGGCCUGGUGAAGGAUAAUCCAGUCAGGAACGGGUUGAACGUGCACAGCUAUUCACCGGUCAGAACAUCUCACCUGGAACAGCCCAUGCCUGGAGGAUUUGAGAAUGAUAAACCCCAAACCACUCUGAACAGAGGUCCUCAUAAAAAAAAUGCCUUUGUUAGCCCAGAAGGAGAGUUGGAGGUGGAGGAAGACUAUUAUGUACAUCAGCGUGGAGCUGCAGCUGACUUGUUAAAUAUGAGUGGUGCCCUGGGUGGGAGAGUAUCGAACAGCCUGAGACACCGUGCAGCUCUGCAGAAGUCUUCUGGUUCUGAUGAAAAGGACGAGGAGGACAUGUGGAGGAAGAAACAUAAGAAACGAGGCAGGUGUCCUGCCAACACAGGUACAGCAGCUGGACACUUGUUGACUGAGCAGUUUAGUGAGGAUGUGCUGGCAAUAAAUGCCAGGAAAAACAGUCACUUGUCUCCGGGUCAAGUCCAAGGUGCAGAAAAGAGAGGGUUUGCAAGGACCAGAAACAACUCUGAAUCUGCAAGAACUCCCCAGAACUUCGAUAGGAAGAGGCAACUCUCUGAAUCGCAGACAGAAACAAUGAACAAUUCAGACAGCAGAAUAAAUCCUAGACAACUGGGAACUCCCAGAGGAGGAUCCUAUGCUGCUGUCCCAACAUCAGGUGAUAGAAAGAAUCGAAGUAAACCCACUCGAGGGAGGAAGAAGAGUAUAUUUGAAGCCUACAUUUCAGGACUGAAAAGAGGAGAGCUAAUUCAGGGACCCUUGAGAAUAAAUCCUAAGAAAUACCAUGAAGCCUUCAUUCCAUCUCCAGAUGGGACUCGCGAUAUCUUUAUUGAUGGAGUGGUUGCUCGCAACAGAGCCCUGAAUGGUGACAUCGUGGUAGUGAAGCUGCUUCCGAAGGAGCAAUGGAAGGUAAUAAAGCCAGAUGGUAGUGACAAAGAAACAGAAGCCACACAUGAAUCAGAUGUCCCCGAGGAUAUGUUGGGGACUUGCAUUCCUCGAGAGACAGCGAAAGGCGAUGCUAAAAGUCCGGAUGUCGUUAUAGAAGCUCAGUUUGAUGAUAAUGAUGCAGAGUAUGGACAAGACCACUUGCAGGAUGUGUUGGCUGAUGACAUUAAGAAACUUUCCCUGGAUACUGGUGAAAAGGUGAAGGCUGUUGGGAUCAGCAGGGUGCACAGAACAAAGCAAGAUGAUGGACCCAAGGUGAAUGAUCCCAGGCUCCUCCCAGAUAAGUUUCUUCAAAGGACAGCCAAGGUGGUCUAUAUUUUGGAAAAGAAACAUUCCCGAGCAGCUACAGGCUUCAUCAAGCUUCUGGCAGACAAGAACAGUGAACUCUUCAGGAGGUGUGCCAUGUUCUCACCUGUGGACCACAGAGUGCCCAGGGUCUAUGUGUCCUUGGCUGAUUGCCCUCCAGACUUUGUGACCAGGCCUGAGGACUAUUCAAAUAUGCUCUUCAUCUGUCGCAUAGUGGACUGGAAGGAAGACAGCAACUUUGCAACAGGGCAGUUGGCCAAAAGUCUUGGACAGGCUGGAGAGAUUGAGCCAGAAACAGAAGGGAUCCUGACGGAGUACGGUGUGGAUUUCUCUGACUUUUCCCCCGAAGCCCUGGAAUGUCUUCCCCAGAGCCUGCCCUGGGUUAUCUCACCGGGAGAGAUGGCCAGAAGAAGAGAUUUGAGGAAAGAAUGCAUUUUCACCAUCGACCCAUCAACUGCCAAAGAUCUUGAUGAUGCUUUGUCCUGUAAACAACUCCCUGACGGGAACUUCGAAGUGGGUGUUCACAUCGCGGAUGUAAGCUACUUUGUACUGGAAGAAACAGCACUGGAUAAGGUAGCAAGCGAAAGAGCAACUAGUGUCUAUCUAGUGCAAAAGGUGAUCCCGAUGCUUCCCAAGCUGCUCUGUGAGGAGUUAUGCAGUCUCAAUCCCAUGCGAGAUAGGCUGACGUUCUCUGUGAUGUGGAAGGUGACUCCAGAAGGCAAGAUCCUUGAUGAAUGGUUUGGGCGGACGGUCAUCUGCUCCUGUGUGAAGCUAAGCUACGACCAUGCACAGGGUAUGAUUGAAAGCCCCAGGAAGAUGUUCUCACCUGAAGAACUUCCCCCUGUCUCCCCUCAACACUCAAUAGCUGAGAUCCAGCAAGCUGUGCUGAACCUGCAUCGAAUCGCCCAGCACCUCCGCAAACAGCGCUUCAUCAAUGGUGCUCUGCGCUUAGACCAG